AUGAAUCAAGAGAAUGAUCCUCCAUCGACUGACUUUGAUCAAGAGCGUUUAUCUCUCGUAACAGUUCGAAAAAAGUGGGAAACAAAUGAUGAAGAAGGAUCAUCAGUUACACCUAAACGUCCAUUACUUUUUCGUGAUCGUAGUGCAGGCACAUCUAUUGAUGUUUCUCCAUUAUCCGAUCGUAACUCUCGUCCUGAACCAGCCACCAGACUAGCAUCACCCUUGACAACAACCAAAAACGAGCCGUCGCCCACUCCGGUGGUUGAAAGUUGCAUGUUUGUCAUAAGUCCACCUCAGGCUCAUCGAACAACACCGCUUGACGAUGACGAUAACGAUCAUUCCUAUGUACCAGCUUACAUACAUAGAAAAGCCAAACCGGCACCGUCAACAACGUGGAAGAGAUCAUAUCCGACGCACAAAUUAUCAUCAACAUUGAAGACUAAUACGGAAGCAUCAAUUCUCGUUCCGGAAGUUCGUCAAACUCCAGCGGUGUCAUUUCAACCGGCAAUUCGACCACGUAUUCCAUUCAAUUUAACAUCAACAAAUACUGUGGAUAAACAAGCACAAGCUUAUACAAUUUGGCUCAAUAGUCUCUUUACUCCUGUAGAAUUCAUGUGUAAUCAAACAAGUCAAUCCACUUCGACAGAGACCUCAACCAAAACACUAAAAGCUGUUGCCGAAUCAAAUCGUUGGUAUAUUCUUCGAGAUCGUGCUCGGGAAGUAUUCACUCGCGAUAUUCAGUCAAUAGCUGCGAAAAUCAGUGCUGACAUCGACAUUGAUCAUUGUCGCAUCAAUCCAAAAGCUGAUUUGACGUUUUCCGCGCGUACAGUUAGUCGACAAGCUUUACUGAACUUUAUUUCUUCAUACAACCGAAUAUGGUUUCGUCUAGCCUUGGAAGUUCUCUUUCCGAUAAAUAUCGAAAAUUAUCAUCAAAUGAAGUUAUCUAUCGAACAAUAUCUUAUCCAAUCAACUAGCCAUUCGUCAGCACAAUCGAAUGAAACGAGUGCAAAGAAAACAACGACAAAUACUAAAGGUGCAUCAGCGCAAAUACGUUUGACCAUAAAAAAUCUUAUUCUGAUCAUUAUCUUUCUUGAACGAGCGAAAAUGUUACGUUUAAUCGAUAACGAUCCGUGCUUGUACACACGAGAAUCAAAAUUCAAAUCCACAAAAGAAUCUUUCGACGUUCUGUCACGUGAUUUUAUCAGCUCUGAUACAAAUCUCAUCCGUCGUCUUAAAUUAGCUGGUUACGAACCGAUCUACCGGCAAACGUCGUUAGACGAAUACAAUUAUUCGAUCACAACAACUGAAAAUAAACUAUUUGACGAACUGAAAGACGGCAUACGUUUAACACGUUGUGCACAGGUAUUACUUUCAUCUGUAAAUGAACAAGUAGCACGAUUUGAUAUAUCAGCUAAACUUAAAUGCCCAGUCGUUAAUCUUGUACAUAAACUAUUAAAUAUUGAUCAAGCAUUUGAAUUACUUCAAACAUAUGGACACGUCAAUUUAAGUGGAAUUUCGAAUAAAGAUGUUAUGAAUGGUAAUAAACAACGUACACUUGAAUUACUCUGGCGCGUAUUCAUCACUUGUUAUCUACCGAAACAUUUGUCGCCAAUGGAGAAACUUCAAGAAGAAAUUACAUUACUCAGUGAAAACCUUUUGGAAUACAACUGUCGGACGAGUGAAAAACAACUUCUAGCAAAUGAUCUGAUUCCACUACAGAAACAACAAGUCGAGUUCACACCAUUGAUCCAUUUAGUGAUCAAAUGGGCGCAAUUGAUCUGUGCACAUUAUAAAUUUUGGUUAUAUGAUCUUCAAGAAUCGUUUAUCGAUGGUCGAGCAUUUCUCUACAUAAUUUCGUAUUACUUACCAACCUUGUGUGAUUAUUCACGUGAUAUAAAACACUUGACAACACUAGCAACAUGUCAAACACGGGAUGAACAUAUACAAUUCAACUUGGAACUUGGUCAACAACAGCAGCAAAUGAGUACAUAUGAACGGAAUGUCAAAGGGAAUUUUCGCUUCUUAGAAGAAUGCAUUAAACAAUUCGGAACGUUUUCAAACGAUUUAGUUAAAUAUGAUACCUAUGCAAAGGACACACCAGAUGAGCGUUGUACGAUCAUUAUUUUAGCAAUGCUGGCACACGAUCUUCUUUUCUCGAAUACUCUCGACGAUACCGACAAUAACUUUCGUCAUCAAACGAUUUUCGAAGAAUUAAAAGAGAAAUAUUCUAAAGAUGAUGAACCGAUAGUUGAAGCAAAGAAAGAAGACAUAAAAAGAUCUCCACCAAUUAAAGAAAUCAUUCACGACGAAUUAAUAAAUUCAUCAAUCAAGUCCGAUGAUUUCCCUCAAUUAACAAAUACCAUUCAUCAUAGUCUCGAUGAAGUCGUCACGAGAAAGAGUGAAACACUUAAACCUUCAAUAUCUUCAACGACUGUCAAUCUUCUCAUAGAAGAUUUGGCAACGAAAGCUCAUUCACUUCCAAUUAUACAAUCUGAACCUGUUUUAUUAACCGUUGAAAGCGAUCAUGACGAGCACGAAGAAACGGAAACGACUGAUGACGAUACAACGAAAGUAACAAUUUUCUCAUCUGAAUCACCAGUCAAACAAGAUUGGUCAUUUGUCGAACCACCUGCUGUUGUCUAUGAUCAGACAUUGUCCGAUUCACUAUAUGCUUCUCUAGAAACAAUGUUUACAUGCCAAACACCACCACGACCAACACAAAUUCUACUUUCUCAAUCCGUCCUUCAUACAAUGAAUCAUGACAUUCUUGACCACCUUGAACCAUUACCUGAAUUAAAUGGUGAUAGCGAAGUUGAAGAAGAAGAACAAGAACAAGAGGACGACGAGGAGGAAGAUGGUGACGACGAUGAUGAUGAUAAUGAUAAUACGAAUGAUGAUUCGUUUAAUUCGGCUCGAUCAGGUUUGACAACAAUGAUGGAUCCACGUCGAGCAUCGAUUGUUACACAAACGACGGCUAUGUCAUUUCAUGAUCUCGCUGAAUUAGAAAAAACCAUGGAAACGGAAGAAGCAAAACCGAAUGGAGAUAACACAUCAUUGUUUCUCGUUGAUGAAACAACUCCAUCCGAAGCGGAUAGUGUCGAACUAAGCAAAAUUGAUGAUACUACUUUUGCUGAUCCAAUCAACACAAAAAUGAUCAAAGAAACAUUAACACUCUUCUUAGCACAUCAACAACAAACGCUGGAACAUGAAGAAUCGGUGACACGUAAUAACGAAUCACUUGGUCAAACUCAUAAUGAACAUUCAUUGGAAAUUGCUGCAAAAUCCGAAGCAGAACGUGAAUCACACGCUGCUCAAAUCGUUCAGGCUCAUUGGCGUGGUCACCAAGUUCGUGUUGAAAAUCAACGAAUUAACCAUCCGAUUGUUCCCAUUCUCAAACGAAUUCGCGCCUAUGAUUCAACAAAUACUUCGUCAUUAACAUUACGAGAACGUAUGAUGCAAAUCGUACAGGAAUAUUCCGAAGCAUCCUCAUCAUCCCUAACUGCUUAUCUACAUUUCUUACGUGAUGUCGAACCAAUUGUUGCUUGCUGUCUCGAAAUACGCUAUUUAAUUGCUCAGCAAGGUUUAUUACGAUUAUUUUUUAUCUUAAUGAGAUGUUGCAAUCGAAGUGGACCAUCAGCUGUUUUACUUACUAAAGUCUUAAGUAUUCUACAACUCUUUACUGUUAAACGUGGUUUAAUCAUACCAUUGAUUGAUAAACAAGAACAGAUCAAAGAUUUCAUUAUGCUUCUAUUGAAAUAUUACCAACAGAAUCGUCAUGAACUAUUCGAACAAAUCUGUUCCUUACUUGAAUCGAUUGUCAGUGACGAUUACGCUCGAAAGACUCUGCGUACGAACAAAAUGUUUACAGAUGCGAUCGAAUAUGUUUACAAACGUGUCUUCAAUAAAGCAUCAGUUGAAGAUGAAAAAUAUCGUCAACAAGUUCGAUCAACACCUAAACAAUCAACUGGCCCUCAAACACGACGAGCCACAUUGUUGAAUCAAUCAUCUAUACUUUAUCCCACUCCGAAAAUGAUGCGUCCACCGAUUGUUCAAAAUGAGAAUGUCUUUAAAAAGAAUCUUCUUUCCAUGGAAAAAUUCAUGAAAGUUUUCUAUCGUGAUUAA